UAAAGCCUUUCUCUGACCAGCCUCUCUGAGUUAAGACUGAAGAAUAAUCAGUAAGGGAAAGGGAAGAGGACGGAUAACUUGUGGAGAUCCAUCCACUUCUCAAAAAGAGGAAAAGCAAGAACUAAGUCCUCCAGGUGACCAAAACCCCACUUCUAAUCCUGGAAGCAGCAUGGAUACACAGUUUGUCUUGGACCUUUUAGGGGAAAAUGUCUGGUUGUGUGUCAGUGCUACCUUUGUGGUGUUAUGGAUUAUCGCGUGGCUGUACAGAGACAGCCUGGAGAUUGAGAAUAUGAAUGAAAAGUAUGUCUUUGUGACCGGCUGUGACACUGGGUUUGGAAACCUGCUGUGUAAGAAGCUCGAUCGCAAAGGUUUCCGCGUGCUGGCUGGCUGUCUUACAGAAAAGGGAGCCGAUGACCUGAAGAGGGCAACGGGGCCUUAUUUGAAGACUGUCCUGCUGGAUGUGACCAAUCAGGACAGCAUCGAGAAAGCCAUGGAGUGGACCAAGAAGGAGGUUGGCGAUACAGGACUUUGGGGUAUAGUGAACAAUGCUGGACGCUCACUACCCAUGGGCCCUUCAGAGUGGAUGAAGGUGGAGGAUUUCCACAGCACGCUGAAAGUCAAUAUGAAUGGGGUGAUUGGCAUGACGAUGACCUUCCUGCCGCUCAUCAAAAAGGCUCAUGGUCGUAUUGUAAAUGUAGCUUCGGUGCUGGGCAGGGUGGCUGCAAACGGAGGUGGAUACUGCAUCAGCAAGUUUGCAGUGGAGUCUUUCUCUGACUGCCUCAGGAGAGAUAUAAGCUACUUUGGAAUCAAUGUGUGCAUCAUUGAGCCAGGGUUUUUCAAGACUGCAGUGACAAGCCUCGACCCCCUCGAGAGGGAGCUGCAUCGACUGUGGAACCAGCUCAGCCCUGAAGUACAAGCCAGCUAUGGAGACAAGUACCUUGAUAAGUACAUCAAGAUCCAACGUUUGAUCAUGAAUGCGAUCUGCGACUCUGACCUCACCAAGGUGACCAACUGCAUGGAACACGCUCUGACCGCUGCCUACCCACGCACCAGAUACAGUGCCGGCUGGGAUGCCAAGUUUCUCUGGAUCCCUCUCUCUUACAUGCCUUCCUGUGUAGUUGAUAUUGGGCUGAAGCUGGUGCUGCCUCGUCCUUCAAAGAGCGUGUAACUCAUGAUGACUUUGAAGGAAUGUCAUCAGAGUUAUCAACCUUUUUAUGUAAUUGUGUGUCGUUUUGAUGCAGUACAGAGGUUGGCUCAAAGAAAUUAAUCCUUUGCCUUUUAAAAUACCCGUAUUCCUUAUCUACAUUGGCCAUGCAAUGAUCUGAUGUUGCAGUUAUUAUAUUUAUAUGUGCAUAAUCUGCCAUGUAAAAGUAUUUUUACUUGUCUGCAUGAGACAGUUAGGCAAUAUGAAAGAAUGAAACUGUAUUAUAUAAUUCACUGUAUUAUUAUUGUUUGUUAACACAUUGCUGUGCCUUUUGACACUGUUCAUUAAUAUGGAUGCUGUUAACCAUCAGAGGAUAAAUAAACAGGAUUUUACUAUCAA